AGCUUAUCCUAGAACGUGUUUCAAGAGCAGCUAAAUUUCCUUUAAAAUCUCGGCCAUGAUCAUCCACGUGCGAGACACAGACGGGACCAUGAGUUCUGUUGAAGCACAACCGACGGACACAAUCCACACGCUCAGGGUGAAGAUAAUGUUAGCAGGCAUACCCCUAAGAGACUAUCAGGAACUCGAAUUUAACGGGGAGCGUUUAUGGGACAGCAAAGCAACGGUGUGGAUGUCGAAAGUGUUACAGAGUGCGUGGAACAAGCUAUGGCUGGGUUUUACGUUAACGUUGUCCAGCCGAAUGGGAAGGUUAUCAGGGUAGUGGCGGACAAAGCAGUGCCCGUGAUAAAAAUCAAGCACGAAGUGGCACGCGUAACGGGCGUGGAGGCGAGGAAGCAGCAGCUGAAGGCGGGCGGCGAAGACAUGAAGGACGAGAAGAAGCUGAGAGACUAUGGCAUCACCCAGGAAUCGGUUGUGUUCAUGGAGACCGAGGGCGAGACUGGAAACAGCUUGAAGAAUGUGCUCUUGGUUUCCUUUCUGAUAGUAAUUCUCGGUUUGCUGCUGACCUAUUUAAUGAAUCAAAUCCUAUAAAGCUACUGUUUACAACCCUCCCCCCUCUCUCUCUACAUCUGUGUGCGUAAGAAAGUCAUCAACAAUUUCCCGAUAUAAAUCAAAACGAAAAAUAAAAAAAAAAUCUGUCAUAGACAUGAUGAAUGAUUUGAAAGGAUCACACACAUGAUGGACAGUGAAUGAUAUAUUUCAUUAUAGCAAACUCUCGUAGAGCAAUAUGAUAAUAACAUAAAAGAAAAUAAGUAGACAGUGUACUAAAUAUUCAAGGCUGUUCUAUUUCUCACUAAUUUAUCCACGACGCACAUACAGCCACGUUGCCUAAGGAGGGAGCUACAAAACAAAAUCAGAUGUAUACUUAAACCGCCAAAGAAUAUAAAUAAAUCAGCCACAUACCUACAAUCGAUUAUUUCUUGGAAUUUAACAUCCUAAAAUGAAUUAAAUCAUUCAAUACUGCAGUGCCUUAUAUGUUGAUAAAUGCUUACUCAGCCAAGAUAACGCAAAGUCUAAGAGUAGGACAGCUUACUAAAUCUUUACAAGAGACCAAAACUGAUAAAUUAAAAUAUCUCCUUAAAAAAAAAAAACACUUAUAGUCACUCUAUAACCUGAACUCAAACUAAAUUCUCCACAUGCAAAAGCUUCACGGUCCUACCAUGUAAUGAAUAACAACGCAUGUUUCUCCAAUAUAUAGGUGUAAGCACAGAUACCUCUCUAAUACCAGUAUGUAAGACACUGUAUGGAAUAUCAAAUAAUAUAACUUAUAUAUUUUUCAUGCAUCUACACCAAUGGCUUCUCUCUUGAGAUUCUACUCGACUUUCAGAGGCUCAGCCGAUCCACUGUAUCUCUGCAGAUUAUAACCAAUAUGCAAUUGCUAUUUGGCUAAAUAAACCUUGGUAU